AUGAAUUCAUCAAUGGUUAAUGAAAUUACUACUGUAAAUUCCCAUUAUAGUAAUGACAGUAAUGUUAUUACUCGUCCAAUUAUCUUUAUUAAUUCAAGUGACCCAGUUAACCCGAAGCAAACGAUUACUCACAGUGAUAACAGUCUAAUGUUUAGACCUCCUUUUCCACCAGUACUUGAAGCCGGAGAUAUUUUUGGCAAAAAACAAAAUGGAACCAAUCCUACCAAGCCACCUAAUGCAUUCAUUCUUUAUCGUAGAGCAUUUGUAAAGUCUGCUUUAGUUAAUGGAUAUAAACUCCCAAUGACUGUUAUUUCUUCGAUGGCUUCGCAAGCCUGGGAACAAGAAUUGCCUUUUGUCAAAGAUGAAUACAAAAAGAUUGCCAAAGAGGCAAAGAAAAAUCAUGACGCGUUAUUUCCAAAAGUACCUAAACCAAGCGAGUCCAAAAGAUGGCGUGUGUAUCCAAUUAAGCCAAAAAAUAUCUCUACACCAGAAAAAACCACACCUUUGACCGCAAAUAAAGAAUCGCUAAUUAAUUCUGAGCCAUCUACACCUUCUACACUACAAAUUGUUAAUGAAAAUGACGUAACUUCUAAUGAAUGGGAGCAGCUUUUCAACUUUUAUGUUGAUUUGAACAAUGAAAAGAACGACGAGCAAAAUGUUUUUAUUUGGGAAGAUUUCCUCGAGAAUUACGACAACAGCAAUCAAAUGGAUUAUAUGCCUGAACUUUCGACUGGAAAUCAACGCGAUACGUUCUUAAAUAUUGAAAAUAGCGCUCAAAAUUUUGAUAUAGAGCCAGAAAUGGCUUUCGUUCAUUUCGAACAAAAUCAAAUAAGCGAAUCUCUGAAUUCAUUUGAUUCGCUAAUUGAAUCUUAUCAAGAA